UAGAUUUACAAUUGAGCAAGGUUAUGGGCAAGACCUUCAAAAAGCCCGAGGCAUGGGAGAUCGAUCCGAAUGCGUUAGAAAUUCGACAAGUUAUAGCUCAAGGAAUCUACCGAGGCACUUAUAUGGGACAAGAUGUUGAUGUUAAGUUGUUGGAUUUGCAAGAUGGCACAAGGUCAGCGGCUGAGAUUAUAGCCCUAUUCAAACAGGAGGUUUCUCUUUGGCACAGGCUCAGCCAUCCCAACAUCUCCUAUUGUAUUGGCGCGUCAAUAGGUGCUUCGCAGUUAAAAUUUCCGGCCUCCUCCGAGAGUCGUACGAGCUGCUUUGUUGUAACACAACAUAUCUCCGGAGGCACGUUGAAGAACCACUUAUUCAAUAAUCGAACAAAGAAGCUUCCCUUCAAAGCCGUGAUCCAGUUUGCUUUGGACCUCGCAAAGGGGCUAUGCUAUAUUCACGCGCAAAAGAUCGUACACCGUGAUAUCAAAGCAGAAAACAUGGUUAUAGGUCCCAAGGGUAGACUGCAAAUCACUGGUUUUGGAGUGGCUCGCGUUGAGGCUAAAAAUCCAAGUGAGAUGACCGGUACAACCGGAACCCUCGGCUACAUGGCCCCUGAGGUACUCGACGGGAAGCCUUACAAUCACAAAUGCGAUGUAUACAGCUUCGGAAUAUGCUUAUGGGAAAUGUAUUGCUGCGAUGUGCCUUACCCCGAUCGGGAUCUUAACUUGGCUGGGAUUUUAACCGCGGUUGUUAAACGGAAUCUACGACCGGAGAUUCCUCGUUGUUGCCCUAGCUCUUUUGCAAGCAUUAUGAAACGAUGCUGGGAUGCUAACCCGAAUAAACGGCCGGAGAUGGAAGAGGUUGUGAAGCUGCUCGAGUCAAUCGACACGUCUAAAGGAGGCGGCAUGAUACCGGAAAACCACUCACCCGGCUGUUUAUGCUUUGCUCGAGCUCGGGGGCCUUAG